UUCGCCCUGCAGGAGGUUCUCAACCGUGUGUGGAGAAUGUUCUCGAAGGGAAUCAAACAAGUUCGGUGACUUUUUUUGUAUUGGGUGUCACUUUUACCACUCCUGGUGUGAUUGCGUGUUCAUUUGCAAGUGGAACCAGCAAGCACUGAAGUAAUGGGCUGUUGAUGGAGAGCAUUUCGAAUGUCAGCCGGGACAGUGGUUAUCGCAGGGGGAAUUCUGGCUGCCGUCAUCUUACUCACCAUCGUCGCUGUGUUGUGUUUAUGUAGAUUGCAGUAUUACUGCUGUAAGAAGGAAGAGUCCGCGAAGGGGGAGGAGGAGGAACCGGAGCUGUCCACCAUGUCGCCUUCGCACCCCCUGGCUCUGUCGGCCCCCCCGACGCCGCCCACCCCGGAGCGUUACAACGACGAACCGCAGACGUACCCGCCCACCUUCCUGACCGAAGCCAACGGGCCUGCCAGCUUCACGCCCCCGCCACCCCCGCGUCGAUGCCAGCGGGCGCACGGCUUCUGCCCAGCAUGCGCCCGCUGCACACUGCCCUUCUACCUGCAUCACCCUGAGCGGCUCUGCAACGGAGGGCGAGGUGGAGGCGGGUACCGGAGCGUGCACCAAGACCUGGAGAUGCCUGCCGACCUGGCCGGGUUCUACCGCAAGCUGGACCUCAUCCGCUCCGUGGCCACGCGAGAGGUGGUUACGCGCAGCGUCAGCACAGAUGUGUAGAUGGCGCCAAAGGGGCCCAUAAACACAAUGGCGCGAAGGAACAACAUUGAGGGCUUUUCGGCGAGGGCCAGCAGGUUCAUCAUUCAGGAUAACCUCUCACACACGUCUGUGAAACACAGUCACAAGCACAAGUAAAAUGCUCUCACACACACUCUAUUGAAACAAUGCUCCGUCAAAAUACUGCAACAUACUCACACAACGUAAACAUGCUCACCCCACCACUGAAUUUGUCUUGCUCUUAUAAACAAAUGUGAAAUAUGCUCAAAACCACUGGAUUUUCUUCUCCCCUAUACGACUGAAACACUCUUGUACUAACUAUUGAUUUUUUUCAUUAACCGUGCCAAACCAAAUCUGUCUUAAUUGACAUACGAACCUGAAGCUCUCUCUUACACACUACUGUUUUUUAUUUUGCUUUUGUUUUUUUCGCACAACAUACACAACAAAAAACAUUCUCUUACGCACAACUGAAUUUUUUCCCCACUCUCAACCAGAAUUGAAAUGUUACUACUGCUAUAUUUUUAACAAACAUCAUGGGAAAAUCCUCACACAUCAUGCAGAAAUGCUCUCAUUUAAUAUACUAAAAUUCUUUCACAUACUGUACAGGAUGCUUUCAUUCUCCAGAGCAUACAAAAGCAUUUAGGCUUUUAAAGUGAGCGCAUUUCUGAAGUCCGUGAGUGUUUCAGCACUGUGUGUUAGAGGUAAUCCAGUAGUAUGUCCCUGAUGUCUCCUCGUACCUUUCCACGCCGCUAUGCUGGAUGUCAGUCGACUGCUGUCCGACUUGGACUUCAUCAAUACCUUAUUGCCAUCACAGUUUGAUACAAGGGGCUGACCUUAUUAUCAUUUAACCCUCCUUUUAUGUCGCUUUCUUGGCAACAUCAUUGAUGGGUCAAUAUGACCUGCUGUGCGUUUGUCAACAAAAAUACCACCAUGCGACUUCAAGUACAAAACAUUAUUAUGAAAAGACAAUGGAAAUGAAUAAGCAAGUUCAAGACCAAUUUCAAAGAAAAUUCAACUUCAUGACCUUUUAUUGCUAAAAAUAACACAUUGCAUUAUAUAAAAGAUGAAUGAUGGACCAAGUUUAAUCGUUUUUUGUUUGUUUGUUUGUUUGUUUUGCCAACUUGACUUUAACAAACAUUCACCGGGACAGUUUGCAUAAAAAGAGGGUUAAAUCUUUCUCUCUGCUUUCAAUUUGUUCUUUUGCAAAGGCCUAAACUUGCCUGAUGUUUAUCAUCAACUAUAUUUAUUAUGUGUACUCUUAUAUAAAACACUAUACGAGUAGCUGUUUUCUUUAUGGCAUAGCUAUGUGUGUAUCUUACGUGUAAAUGUACUCUGUCAUAUCACUUCACAUCACUUUGAUGGAAUUUGUGAGAAAUGCCAACAUUUUACACAUUAAUUACACUUUUUUUCAAUUUUAAGAGCACAAAAUGCUUACGUGAGCGCAAAAUUUAUUAUUCUGAGAAGUUGAGGCAUCAAUUCAAACCUGUAUUUAAAAUUCACAGACAAUGAAGUUCAUCUUGAAAUUAGCCCUUGCUGAAACAUUGUUUGA